UGGGUGUGAUGAAACCUGACAGCGCAGCACUGGGAGGAAAGUCUUGCCAUCAUGGGAGGGACGAGGAAGUGAGGAAGUGGAGAAGCGAGACGGGUAAAUAAAGUUCCAGGAUUUACCGCAGAUAUCAUCAUGUCAGACACUUACUGUGAUCAGCUGGAGCAGGACACUUGGUUCUUAAAGAAUGACUACAGGCUGAGUGCGCAGCUGGUUGAAAAGCUUGUGCUGCAGCUGAACAGGAUCCACCCCAAUGUUUUAAGUGACAAAGAAGCACAGAAAUUCAGGGACGUGAAAGUACCAACAAAGACUAGGCUGACAGACCUGUUGAGUACCUUAAAAGAGAAAGGAGAAGAGGCUUGUCACGAGUUCUACAGAGCUCUGCACAUCCAUGCUGAGCAACUUUAUAUCAGCCUGCCCAGCAGAAAGAGACAGAGAGACGCAACAGAACCCAAUGGGACUAACAUUCAUCCAGACCCCAGGGAGAGAUUUGUGCUAAAUGAAAGGGGUCCAAUGUUCUUCAUCAUCUGCUUUAGUGUUGUUGCUGGGCUGACAUUGUACUACUACAGUAAUGAAGAGGAUAAAGCUAUUGGAGAUGCCAAGAAGAUACUAGGAUUUACAGCAAUUGGGCUCAGCAGACGAGCCAAAGCUAUGUUAAUAUCCUACGCAGAGGACCAGUCAAAGAACCAGUAAUGCUAGAAAGCAGCCCCUUGCAUUUGCCAACAUCAGUAUGGAGUAAGCACAAGGCAAACCAGCAUGCCAUACCAAAGACUAGGUGAACUGUUUUUAAGCAUGUAUGUAAUUAUAUAUGAUUUAAAUGAUUUACUUUCAAAAUAUAGGACGACAUCCUAAGCCUUAUAACAUAUAUUUUAUUCUUACUGUAAGAUUGAAAGUUUUGGACACUAAUGCUUGUAGGAUGGUUUUGUCCUUACUUAGUUUUUUUUCCAGGUACAGUGCCCUCCACUUAGCCCUUUGCUGAAUAAUUUGUUCAUCAGGUUUUAACUGGAUAAUAAACCCAAGCAACAGAGAACAAUAGGUUAUACUGGACAUUCAGUACAUAUUGAAGUCUGUAAAUAUAUACUGUAGUUGCCUGAAUUUAAGUUUAUGAAGUCAUAUGUUAAUAAACUUUUAUUUGACCACUA